UCUGUGUGAGGGAAGCCAAUACCUACAAAUCCAGUAUGAAGCACGGAUCCGAAACCAGGGGGCGGAGGGGCUGCACGCAGAGUUCAUAUUGGACUACAAUUCCCAUCAUUACCGCCGCCGAUACUCAUUGAUCUGUGUGUGUGUGUGUGUGUGUGUGUGUGUGUGUGUGUGUGUGUGUGUCUAUAUCUCUGUGUGUCUGUAUCUUUCUGUGUGUCUGUGUGAGGGAAGCCAAUACCUACAAAUCCAGUAUGAAGCACGGAUCCGAAACCAGGGGGCGGAGGGGCUGCACGCAGAGUUCAUAUUGGACUACAAUUCCCAUCAUUACCGCCGCCGAUACUCAUUGAUCUGUGAGUGUCUAUGUCUGUGUGUGUCUGUGUCUAUAUCCGUGUGUGUCUGUGUGUCUAUGUCUUUCUGUCUGUGUGUCUGUGUGAGGGAAGCCUAAACCUACAAGUCCAGUAUAAAGCACGGAUCCGAAACCGGGCGGGGGGCGGUGCAGGAAGGGAGGAGUAGCCCCGCCCUCACCCAGGCCAGCGGAAGGCAGCGCUUCCCUUUCGAAGACGGCGUGAGCCGCGGUCGCCCCAAGUUCCCUGGAGCUCUGGGGUUCGGAGUGGAGGCGCCGGCAUCCCACACCUCGCUAAACACUUCCUGGAGAUCGCUCCGACCGGGAUGGGCGGCAGGACCUGGCUGUCGUUCCCAGUGCUCUUCCUGGCCGCUCUGCCCCCAGCGCUGCUGCGGGGGGCGGCCGGCUUCAAGCCCUCCUUGGACAGCGACUUCACCUUCACGCUCCCGGCCGGCCAGAAGGAGUGCUUCUACCAGCCCAUGCCCCUAAAGGCCUCGCUGGAGAUCGAAUACCAGGUUUUAGAUGGAGCAGGAUUAGACAUUGAUUUCCAUCUUACCUCCCCAGAGGGCAGAACCUUAGUUUUUGAGCAAAGAAAAUCAGAUGGUGUUCACACGGUGGAGACUGAAGUUGGUGACUACAUGUUCUGCUUUGACAAUACAUUUAGCACCAUUUCUGAGAAGGUAAUUUUUUUUGAACUGAUCCUGGAUAACAUGGGAGAAGAAGCUCAGGAACAAGAAGACUGGAAAAGAUACAUCCCUGACACGGAUGUGCUGGAGAUGAAGUUGGAGGACAUCCUGGAGUCCAUCAACAGCAUCAAGUCCAGACUGAGCAAAAGUGGUCAGAUACAAACUCUGCUUAGAGCAUUUGAAGCUCGUGAUCGAAACAUACAAGAAAGUAACUUUGACAGAGUCAACUUCUGGUCCGUGGUGAAUCUGACGGUCAUGGUGGUAGUGUCAGGUAUUCAGGUUUAUAUGCUGAAAAGUCUGUUUGAAGAUAAGAGGAAAAGUAGAACUUAAAACUCCACCAUAGAUUACUUAACAUUGAAAAAAAAGAGGUAGAAAAUUCUAAUACACUGUUACAGUCAAGAUCACUAAUUUUCAGAAAUUAAUAUAAGAUAUAUAAAAUUUACUAUGGAAAAUCAUUGUAUAUCCAGAUAACUUUAUUGACCCAGUUAUACACUUAAAUGUAUAUAACAGGAUAUCAUAUAUAAUUUAGAUUUGAUUGGAGCAAUUAACAUUUUUUAGGUUUAAAAAUCUCUCCCAAAUAUGUAUAAAUUAAAUUAAUGAACAGUAUCCAUAAACACACCACCAGUUUGCUUUUACUUUCUCUGUAAAUUGGCUGGUACAAAAUAAUUUGCAAAUCAUUUGAGGAUUAUAUAAUUAUGGACUAACCAUUACAUCUUUCCAAAAAAGGUAACUAUAUGUAUACCACUGAAAUGAUAUUUUUAAAAUUUUUCUUUUCUUUUUUUCAAGACAGGGUUUAUGUUGCCCUUGUCCUGGAACUAGCUCUGUAGACCAGGUCAGCCUCAAAACACUGAGAUCCACCUUCCUAUGCCUUCUGAGUACUGGGAUUAAAGGCAUGUGCCACUACUGCCUGGCUUUUUUUAAGAAUUUUAUAACCAAAUACAAUGUGAAACAUUAUAGAAAAGUAUUAGUUUUUAUAAACUUAGCUUACAUUUCCAAGAACUAACAUUUUGAUAAUUAAAUUGGAAGGACAUUCUUUCCUCAAAAAUUAGGCAAUGUCUUUCUCAUUGAAAUGACAUUAUAAAGGUUUUCUUAUGUGAAGAUAUAAAUAGGGUAGUUGAUGUUUAUGAAUAGGAUGCAUUCUGUCAAGACAUUAGCUAAGAUAAAAUUUGAGAUAAAAAUGAAUGUAUUUUUAUACUACCCAUCAAAACUGUUGUAUUGGUUUCUACACAGCUAUUGGUUUUGUUUGUUGGUUUUUUUUUUUUUUUUUGGUUGUUAUUGUUUUCCAGACAGAGUUUCUCUGUGUAGCCCUGGCUGUCCUGGAACUCACUUUGUAGACCAGGCUGCCCUCAAAUUCACAGAGAUCCACUUGCCUCUACCUCCGGAGUUCUGCCUCUCAAGUGCUGGGAUUAAAGGUGUUAUCUGGCCAAUAGCUAUUGGUUUAGAUAAUACAUUGUCACCAGCAGGUGUGAGAGACAUAAGAUCUGACCUUAUGUAAAUAAACAGCUCCUAAGUUCUCAAAAUAAACAGCUCCUAAGUUCUCAAAAUCCUCAGAAUGAGGGAAAAAUUAGAUAAACUUGAGAGUACUAAAUACGAAAGUUCACCUAAGUAGAACCAUAAUAUCUAGAAUCAAAUGGCUCACCUUGCUAUCCCAAUUCUAAUAGAGAACAGAGAAGGGUAAUUUGAAGUUCACUGGAAGAAAUUAUGUUUGUCAUAGUUUUUAUUUUCUAGUUACUGUUGUUCUUUUUAAAAGUCCCUUAAAGGGACAGGAAAGCACAACAGUUACUGUUUUCAAUUAUAAAUGUUCAGGUAGAUUUUAUAAAAUGCACAUCCUUCUAUAUAUAGAGAAUUUACAUAUAUAGGUUUUAUUAUAAUUUUCACAAAAUUAUAAUACCUAAGUACCUAUGGUCACUUAUAACUUUGAAGGAUUAAAACAAUCCUAAAUUAUAAACAGCUAAUGUGAAUAUAAAAGCCAAUACACACAAAAAUGCUGUCUUUCUAGCUUAUUAGUCUGUAGUACAAUCUUAUUCAAGUUCUAGUAAUUUAGCUUCAUCAUGAAACAAUUAAAUUACACACAUCUUUAGUGUUAUGAUAAAUGUAUUGUCAAUUACAAAAAAUGAACAACCAAAUCUGGGUAUUGUGCUCAUUAUAUGUGUGUGUGUGUGUGUGUGUGUGUGUGUGUGUGUGUGUGUGUGUGUGUUAUAUUGCCAUAACUCUUACUGAGCAAUAAUGAUCUUCCACUACCCUGCUAUCUCACACACACAAAACAUAUGGUAGGUACUCAGAAAUACUUCAUUUACAGUUUAUACUCAGAAUAGUACAGAGAAAUACUGUAUUUUUUUCCUUCUUGGGAGAAUAGAGAUUUAUUUUUCCCUAUUCAGAGGCUUUUCAAAACAUAAAUGCCAUAUAUGAUCAGUAACUGGCCAAGAAAAUGCUCCAGUAUUUUAAGCAAAACUCCUCAGCACAUACAGAACAAAGUGAGAUCAUUACCUAAAAAAGCCUUUUUCCACUUUCAAGUGGAAGGGAAGCAAUCUAUAGGUACCAUAACUGAUAAGCAGACUACACUUGACUGUACUCUGUCUUUUCUGUAAGACUGUGAUUAAGAAUUCUACCUCUUUGACACAGCGGAUACUGUACUGUACCUAACACUGUACUUGUCACUAACGUCACCGUGUAUGUAAUUUGUGCCACUGAUUUUUAAAUCUAUAAUUCAGUUACUUCCUGCCAUUUAAAAUGGUAGUAGUAUCUUUAUUGAAAAAAGUAACUUACAAAUGUUAAAGAUUUUAUUUUUUAUAGAUAAAAAUAAAAAGAUAUUAAGAACCAUGUUGCCUGUAUUAGUCAUAAAAACAAAAAUUGUAAGCAAAAACCAAAAUGUUUAUUUUUAAAUGUGUAUUAUCUGCUUCAUAUGAGUCUUUUAAUGUUGCUUUCUCAAUUAUACUAAAUCAAAUAAGCCAUCACUUGAUCUGACUUUUAUCUUGUUAGUUGUAUAAAUUACUAAGUAGUUUAACAGAAGUGUAGAGAUGACUUGCAUUCUGAGAUGCAGUUGGAUUAUGUGCUCUUUUACCAGGUCAAUAAACAGAAGGUAAAUAAGCAUCUGAAAAUGUUGUUGAAAUAAAUUACAAGUCAAAAUAUAUUUAGGUAUAUUUUUACCAUUAGACAUUAUCUUAAAAUUAACAAAAACCAAGUCCCUGUAAUUUUGUACCUCCAGUGAAAAUUAUCAGAAAUUUUAAGACAUAUUAAUUUAGCAUGUAAUGUUUUUUCUUUUUUCUUUUUCCUUUACUUAGU